CCGCCAUUCUAGUGUCCGUCCUUUCGGUUUAAAAUCUAACAAUCCAUCAGAAAAUCGGGGGCAUGGAUUUGGAAAUGCAACUUAGAGCGGCGGAGGCCCGAAGGGUCGACCUAGAACGCCAGCACGCUGACGCCCUUCAGGCACUUAGAGGUUGCGGCCCAGAAACACUUGAAUCGAGACAAUCAAGAGUGAGGGAAUUAGAAAAGAAAGUCGCACUAGAAACAGUCAGAUGCGAGGAACUUCAACUGGAACUAGCAUCGUCACAAAGAGGACGGAUGGGCGCGAGCAUGCAUCAAGGUGUACAGAUGCAGAGCAACAUGGGAGGCGGCCAGUCCUGGGGCAAUAAAGGUACAGAAAUAGAACGAAUUAUGGCUAAAAUAGAACAAGAUAACAGAAUAUUAGCUGAAUUAGACCAUAGUCGUUCUACAACUUUGGGAACUGGUUUAGCAACCAGCGUAAGUUCCCACGCCUUAGGAGAAUGUAGUCCACCUAUAUCUCCGAUAACGAUGUCCCACACGACUCCUAGUUUAUACCCAACGAUGAAUCCAGGAAUGCAUCAGAACGCUAGCUAUCACGGCACUUCCAACUUAUCAGGAAGUUACAUACCAUCAAAUCCAGUUAACAUCGGUGGUUACAAUCCGAGUUCUACUCAGUACAAUAGCUUAAGUCAUCACUACACUAACAAAAGCAUGGGUUUAGGAACUAUGAAUAGCCUCGCUCAGCAUUCCAUGGGGAUGGGUGGUACUAUGGGACAAACUAGUGUACUAGGUUCCUCUCUGCCACCGAACCUUUCCAGCUUAGGUACAAGUAUGAUGGGUAACCUCCAGUCAAACCUCGGAACAUCCAUGGGUGGUACGAACUACACACAAACAGCCAUUUCGAAUACGACGUACAGCAACCCCUUAAGCAACAAUCCUUCCGCCCUACAACAGAGCUCGUAUAACAAUCCGACCUUUAGCAACCCCGUUUCGAGUUCACUGACUCAAUAUUCCUUGCCGUACACCAACCCUUUGAAUCCUGUGGUAUCGACCAGUUACGCCAAUAACAAUGUGACGUUUUCCAAUCCUCUAAGUUCGCAAUUCAACAGUUUACCCCUUACGGGGGCGCCCAUGAGCAUCAAGUUGAAGCAGAUUGAUGACGUCGACCUGGAUGGGCUCGACUCCGAUUGGGGUGGUCUGCACAGCGCCGCUGACAGAAAUUUCUUGAACGGGCAAAUGAAUACGGAGGGUCAGGUGGAUAUGCUGGAUAUACCAGGGAAGGGACGAUGUUCAGUGUACAUAGCAAGGUUCUCUUACGAUCCAGAACCAGACGCUGAGGAAGAGUUAAGUAUUCAAGCUGGUGAUUAUCUUCUAGUUUGGGGAGACCCAGUUGGUCCUGGAGGAUAUUUAGACGCUGAACUUUUAGAUGGUAGAAGAGGAUUGGUACCUUCGCAUUUUGUACAAAGAUUAAUAGGCGAUGACCUUCUAGAAUUCCAUCAAGCAGUACUCAGUACUCUAAGGGAAGAGGAAAUCAACCAGGAAAAUUUUGCUGCAGACGUUCAAAGACUCAAUGAGAUAGCAGAAAUGACUGAAGCUCACGAGGAUGAAGGACCAGAAGGUGAGACAGUGCCGGCUCCAAGACAGCUCACCUUGGAGAGGCAGUUGAACAAGAGCGUGCUUAUAUCCUGGACGGCUCCAGAAGGAAUCGGACCGGGAAAUCAAAUCGAAAGUUACCACGUGUACGUUGAUGGAGUUUUGAAGGCGACCAUCAAAGCUACGGAAAGAACUAGGGCUUUGGUGGAAGGAGUGGAAAGUAAUAGGCCUCACCGUAUCAGUGUUCGAUCAGUAACCGCCAACCGUAGAACAUCCAGAGAUGCAGCUUGCACCAUGAUUAUCGGCAGAGACACCCAUUCGUUGGGUCCUAGCGCAGUACGAGCCUCGAAUAUAACCUCAACGUCGGCUGUCAUCAGUUGGCUACCGGCCAACUCCAAUCAUCAGCACGUAGUCUGUGUAAAUAACGUGGAAGUUCGAACUGUUAAACCAGGAGUUUAUCGACAUACCAUUACCGGUUUAGCGCCAAAUACUCAGUACAGAGUGACGGUAAGAGCGAAACAUCACAGAACCGCACAGAACGUAGCCAAUUUAGCUGAAGAACUACCCAUGCCGGCCGCAGCUCAUACGGACUUUAGGACGCUACCGAAAGGACUGCCUGAUCCACCUAGCGAUAUCCUCGUCGAACCAGGUCCACAAGAUGGAACAUUAUUAGUGACUUGGCACCCGAUUUUAACCCCCCAUCAUCCAGGUUCCACAAUAACGGGCUACGCCGUAUACGCGGACGGUAAAAAAGUAACCGACGUUGACAGUCCGACAGGGGACCACGCAUUGAUCGACAUCAGCAAGUUGUUGGGUUUAAAUCCAAAACACGUGACGGUGCGUACUAAGGCUAGAGAUAGCCAAUCAGCUGAUAGUGUACCGACGCCGAUACCGCUCAGCGUUUUGAGAGGAGGUGCCGCUAAGUCGCGCCAGCAGCCUCAUUCUGCUGUGAUGCCGGCGCAUAUUCGACAACAGAUGCCAAGACAGCAACAACAGCAACAAGGGCAACAGGUUAUUGAACCGGAUGAGAAUCUUAGUGAUAAGGAAAUUUUUCCCAACGUCAAUCCACAUCGACAGCAAGGAGGAAUUCCAUCUAUUGAAAUAACUAAAGAAAAUUAUGAGAGCAACAUGUCCGAGGACGAAAUGUUAGAUAGGCGCAACCAGAGACAAUACCAACAGAGACCGCAGCAACGACAGGGCCAGCAGAGACAGGAACCUCAGACGCAACAGCAGCAACAAGCGCAGCAGCAGCAACAGCAGCAGCAACAACAGCAAACUCAACAGCAACAGUAUUACCAGCAACAACAAGCAAUCUCAAGGGACUCAAGCAAUCGCAUGCCUCAACAGAUACGCAACCAGCCAAUGCAGGGCGCUAGAGGUGGCGCAAAUAGCGCCCAAACGAAUCCGGGUAACCGCCCGGAUCCACAGAAGAGGGCGCGAUGGUUCGUAGCACUUUUCGAUUACGAUCCUGCGACCAUGUCACCCAAUCCGGACGCUUGCGAUGAAGAAUUACCGUUUUCGGAAGGCGACACCAUCAAAGUUUGGGGCGAUAAAGACGCAGACGGGUUUUACUGGGGCGAAUGCAGGGGUAGAAGGGGGUAUGUCCCGCAUAAUAUGGUAAUGGAGUUAGAGGGCAAUCAAAAUAGAGAUAGAUGGGGCGAUAGUUUAAGUAAUAUGCCAGUCAAACGGAUGGUGGCUCUGUAUGACUACGAUCCCCAGGAGUUGAGUCCGAAUGUUGACGCAGAGGUGAGCCUAUUGAGCUUCACCACCGGUCAAAUCAUCACAGUCUAUGGAGAAAUGGACGACGACGGCUUCUAUAUGGGGGAAAUCGAUGGCGUAAGAGGCCUGGUACCGUCCAACUUCUUGACGGAAGCGCCAGAACAAUACGGAGCCGGGCAAACUUCGCAGCAAGUAGCGCAGCGGGGCCAAAGAGGGAGGGGAGUCGGACCGGGAGCCAGAGGCCCGCCGCCGCCUCCUAGAGAAAACCAGACUCGUGGCGGAAGAAACAAAGAUGCCUGCCUUCCUGUGUAUACCUCUCAGUUAGACUCGCUGAACACGUCUACGACACCGAACACUAUCACCGAGCACCAGCAGGGGAGAGUGAGAGGCAUGCUGAGGGCCGGUGGUAACCAACAACAGCAGCAGCAAUCCCAACAACAGCACCCCCAACUCCAACAACAGCAGUCGUUCGGACAGCAAAUGGGACAGCAACCUCCCACCACGACAUCUAGCGGAGGGGGUUUGUUUAGCAGCCUGAUGGGUGGCGGUAGCCAGCAGACGACGCAACAGCAGCAGCAUCAGCAACAUCAGCAGCAGCAACAACAGCCGUUUUCCAAUCAACAACAACCGUUCUCCAACCAACAACAAGCGUUUUCCAACCAACAGCAAACCUUCCAGAACCAGAACCAACAAUUUCAAAACUCCAACAGGAUACAACACAAAGGAGUGCCUCAGGUCGUGCCCAACGUAAUGGGCGGUACUGGGCAGAUGCCCAAUAACCAACAACCUCAAAUGAACAACGCUGGUGCGCCGAAUUUAAUGCAAAAAUUGAACGAAAUAACCGCACCCGGUGGUGAUAUACUGUCGAAAGGCAAAGAACUUAUAUUUAUGAAAUUCGGACUAGGAGGAAAAUAACCAUUUUUGAUUUUUUCUUGUUAGUUUUUAAUCAUGCUGUUUUUGGAACCGUUGUGAAACAUUAUCUUCCAUCUUUGAGCGCGUGUGAUAAGGGGCAUUGAUAAGUCUAUUUGAGCUCUGUUACAUUUCAUUUUAGAUAAAUUAAAUGGAUUGCUACCUAAUUUUUUUCCUAACAAUCUGAAGUAAAUAAAGUUUUAUGUUUCAUUGGAAAAGGGGCAGAUGAUGAGGGCCACCAAUGUGCUUUCAAAUAUCCCAAAUGACCUAUUUAGUCCCAGAGCUUCUUUAGAAGUAUGUAAUACCGUUCGUCAUAAAAAUUUCAUCCGCCCGUUUGCCGCCCAUAAAAUAGUAGCCACGUAAAGCACUCGCCUUUUGGAAGCAGACGAGGUUGAAGUGAAUAAAAAAUCAUCAACUUUCUAAUAAAAUAACAACUAAUAUGUUAUUAUUAACAUUUAACCAAUUAAAAAAUAAAAUCUCUGCAAACGGUCGCGUUUCAAAUGCAAACGAGCUCAAAGGUGACUAAAAACUACCUCUAUAGAUCUAGUAUUAUGUGGCAGUAAAAAGGGGUUAUUCUAUUAAAAAUUGCUUAAUAUUAAUCCUAUGUCAUAAAAAUGGUCGAAUGUUAUUUUCAAUUUUAUACUCUAGGUCAUGUUUAGUUAAAAUUGUAAUUGAUGUCAGUUAUAAAUUUAGGUUAAAGUCUAAACUUUAUUGGUAAAAUAUAACGUUGCCGUUAAAAAUAACUUCAAAUGGCUGCAUUACAGUAAGUUAUUUUACCAAACUACGCGCAUUAUUUGAUAAGAAAAUUUAUAUUUUCAUAUAGUAGAAGAUGAGGGAUAUCCAGUGGUACUUUGCACCUUGGUUACAUAAUAACCAGAUAAUAUUGCUAACACAAGUUCGGAAAGAAAGAUUUAAUAUUUAUCUGAGAAAGGCCAGACAUAUAAUAAAAAGGGUUGAUGGAAUAUUAAAAGGAAUGUUAAGGCAUCUAACUUAAAUUACAAUCCGCUAAAAAUGUUAAAAGUGAAUCAAUUUGAUUCUUGUACAACGACAUUUUUUGACAUUGAAACCAAACGACAAAAACACCACUUUGAAUGAAUUUAUAGAAAACAACUACUUCUAUUGCACUUUCAUUGUUGUUGAUUGCAUUUGCAAUAGCGUUGGAUAUUCCUGCAUUAGUGAUUGCCUUCUCACUCAAUUUGAUUUUUUAAUGAUUAACUGUCAAAUAUCUUCUUUGUCUUCUUUUUAAUCUUGUGUUGGAUUUAGCACCUUGGUUCCCAUAUGCAUCACAUGUAUCACAUAAAUGAAUUAUCUUCAUGGACCAUAAAAGGACGUCCCAAGUUUCCUGUUGUGUACCAAGUAGUUUUGACCUAAAUUUUUAUUUCUUACUAAACGUUUGUACAUUGUAUAUUUUUGUUGUUAUAAUAAAUGUCAUAGCUAUUUACUUGAUGAGGACGUCCAUUUUGGGGCAGCAGACGGCAAUUCAUAUUUUAUGGCGGGCAGUAUUAUAUACCUCCAAUAAGAAAGUUUUAGUAUCUAUGAGGAAGAUAAUUUUACUCUGCUCUCAGUCUAAUUCUUAAUGGGUCUUUUAACCUUUAUAACCGAGUAUUAUCAAUUUUUUUUCGUGAUUUGUAACUCACGAGUUGUCUUGCAUCCACAGUUAACCUGUGUCUCUUUCCCAAUGAAACACUUGGUGUUGGAAGUGGAUAGUUAUUAUUAUUAUUAUUAUUAUUUAUCCAUAGGUUUAAUAUAUUAUAAUAAUUGACUGUCAUUCUUCUAGUUACCUUUUAGUUUUUUACUACUAUAAAAAAUAAUUAUAACAUUUCCUUUUCCCUUGUUUCCAGUUUGUUUAAUUUGACUGGUGGACAAAUUUAAGAUUUUAUAGUCCCGAAGAUGGCUGAAAUUCCGAAAAUGCUUGACAAUAUUAUUUAAUUAUAAGGCUGGAAAUAUCUUAGAUAUGUCUAAAUUUGCACACUUUAAACACGUCUUUCAUUUUACCUCAAUCUUUGGUUAAAUUUUAAGAUUGUUGAAAAAGAAAUUUGGCAAGUGAUCCAUUCCGAAAAACUUUGAAAUGUAAUUCUGCUAAAUUAAUUCGGGGUAAAAUAUUUCAGGACCGAAUCAACUUAAUUUGAAUUUAAAUUGUAUACCUGAAGACAAUACUUCAAUGUGCGAGGUGCAGUUUUAAAUAUUUUUCCAGUUUGGUGGUAGUUAAGAAAAGUAAAUAUAAAAACAAAAGUAAAUAGUGAUAACCUGAAAUAUUUGUACCACGUGAAUUAAUAGAGGUGGCAGGUAUUUUGCACUGAUAGUGUCACUUUUUUAGUAUGGAUUUUUCAAUUGGCGAUAUCGUUUACUAUUUUUUAAUAUUUGGGAAAAUUUCGUUUAUAUUGAAAUGAAUAUAAUUAUGCUUAGGGUGCAAAAUGCCUUUAGACACAUUUUUCUAUCGACUGUCAAUAUUUUGGAAAAAACAAAAUUAAUAGUUUUAGGUAUCAAAAACUCAAAAAGGGACACCAAAGAAAAGUUUUGCUGGAAUUUUAAAAUUUGGUACUAUUAUGUUUUUUGGGUUUCUAAACACGAAUCCAAGCUUUGAAAACAAUUUUUUUUUGUAUAUUAAGAGCGAAAAGUAAUACUUUGGCGCUUAAGACAGAAAGUUGGCCAUCUGUCGCACCUUACUUUUCGCUCAAAAUUCACACAAGAUUAUUCUACGAUCACAUUAUUUAAAAAAAUAGAUAUAGAAACUGAAAAUUUGUCGUAUGUAAUGUAUAAUGUGUUGCUUAUAUCUACGUUAUUCAUGAAAAAAAGGAGUUGUUAUUCAAAGUCACUGUUAGGUUAGGUUGAAAAUGAGUGGGAUGAUCUCAUCGCCAUCCACUGCGACCCAGAUGGGUCUAUUGUGGCUCAUAACUCACUCAUAAGUCACUGUUAACUUGGAUAAUAAAACAAAAAAAAAAAAAACAUUAAACUACGUACAAAUAACUUCAAAAACGUUUAUUAAAAAGAAAUGUAAUUUAAAUUAGGCAAGCAAGUUUUCCGCUCGGAAAUCGUCACCUUUAUGGUUGUAUUUCGAAGCACAAAAACCUACUUUGGAUAGUGAUCGUAGAAAAAUAUUUAUUUUAAAACGUGAAAAACGUGAAAAAACGGAAUUUUCGAUCAAUUCUUAAAAAAAUCAAAAACUAUGCAUUUUACGUGGUAGUUCAUCCUGUAUUAAAUUAAAGAGGAUACAAUUUCCUGCAUUUCAUGUAUUUAAGUUUUUUUUUUGGAUCAGUAUUCAGCCGUUACAGUGACGCGAAAAUGGAUGACAAAAAAUUCUUACCGAGAAUUUUGGCAUUAUACGUCGAUGUGUAUUCAAUUUACGCAAAUAUUUUCCAUAUUAUAUAUAUAUAUAUUUUUUAAAUGUUUGAAUGCACCUAAUCAUAUAAGAUUAAUCAGCAUUUAAUAAUAAAUGUGAAGAUUUAUUUAAAAAUACAAUUUGACGAUUUCACAAUAGGCUGCAUUUGAUAAUCGAAGACACGAAUGGAUAUUGGGCCUAUAUUGCAAUUUUUAAAAAAAUACUUGUGUGCUAGAGGUUUAAAAAAUAGUAAAUAAUUUUCUUACAAUGUUUCAGCAGAAUCUGAUAAUAAAAGAGUAUUCAGAAGAUAAAGAGUCUAUGUACAAAAAAAUUUGACAACAUUUUAUGGAUAAAGUGUCUAUGUAACUUAGGCCUUAUUUUUAUUAGGCACUAAAAAUAUACAAAUAUUUGUUUCUCUUUGAAAGCAGGUCCUAUGUUUUAACAGAUGUAAACAGGCUUGCGUCAUUCAGGCACACAUUAAUAGUUUUACUUGUUUUUUCUUGUAAGUUUCAGUCUGUAUUAGUACCUAUAAACCUAUGCGCCCCUUAUCCUGUUAAAUGAAUUAGUGGAUAGAGGGCGUAUGUACAUUAUUUAUUUUUUUGUAAAAAACUGAAUGUUUUUAGGUUAGAUUUUAUAUUACAAAUAUGUUUUCAAUAAAUACAUAUUUAUAGGAAAAAUGUUGUUUUAUAAUAGCCCUUCUGUGUUAAACUAAGCACAAAAAAUUUUGAACUGGUUUUUCUAGAAAACAACAUUUAACUAUAUAGGCCCUUCAUCUAUUUAUGUCUUCAAUUAUACAAUGUUUGAAAAUAAACAAUUUUGCUGCCAGCGUAGUAAAAUCAACCGGUUUUAUUGUUAGAAAGGCCCGGACCUUCACUUGUCUUCCAGGUACCAUUUCGGUAGGCGCGAAAGACGACAGCCGACGUGACAGACGACAACAGACGUGACCGAGAACUGUCUCUUCACGUCUGAAACACAUACAAUUAUAUGAAAUACAUUUCGCACGGCGCGACACGAGAAGUGUCGUCAAGACGACACUUCUCGACGACACUUUGGAUCUGUCUCCGAGCAAAGCGUUUGCUGCGUGUCGCACUCGAGGUCACUGUCCUCAGACAUCGCUUGUAUUUUUUGGAGGUGAUUAGGUUGGAAAUUUAUAUCGGCCUAGACAAUGAUGCCAGAUGCUGGAACAGUAUGGGUGAAAAAAAAACCGUAGAUCUGAACAGUAAAUUUUAAUACAGGGGGAAAUCAUUAUAAUUUGCAGUGUAGUAAAUUAAAAAAAAAACAGGUAUAUAAAAAACGAAAAAUAAACAUUUUUCUACCCAAAUCAGAAAGUAAACAAAGAAUAAAAAUAAAUAAUAACAUUUUUAAUAUAUACUUAACGUACGGAAACAAAAAAAAAAACAAUGAAAAAUAAUAGGUACCUACUUCUUUUAGAUCAGCCUGAAUCAGAUAAUUUAAAAUAAUUGUGUUUGGCAUGCAUGUUCUUUUUAUGAUGCCCUAUUAAUUCUUUGUUUCAUUUUAAAUAAAAACAUAAUGAUUAUCUUGAUGAUUUUUUUUAUGGAGCCAACCUAAAGUAGUGGAUACUUAUUACGCUGCUUUUACUUCAGCAAAUUUACUAGAGAAAAUAUUCUUUGACCAUUUGCUAAAGAAUGCGGCAAACUUAAUAAAUUAAGAACAAAAUUUGCUAGAGACAAAAACAGUGGAUCUACUUAAAAACAGUAGGUCUGGCAACGCUGAUCGUUCCCUCAAAUAGUUAUCUGCGGGUGUCACGCCACCUGUCUCCUUGCUUCCCAAAUGUACGGAGUGUAAACAUUUAUGCAUCUGUCGUCCUUGGGGUUGCCUCGGUGGUCUCUUGUUUCCUGACGCGCCUACCGAAAUGGUACCUUUAAACUAAUUCUCCCUAGAAUGUAUAUUACAUGCAUUAGGGUAGCCUGUAAAUAUGUAUUUUAUUAGAAAAAAAGGUUUAAUUAAUGAAUGAAAGUACAGGGAUAGGGAUAGGGAUAAUAAUGUCAAUAUAAGUAGGUAAUAUAAUAAUGAUAAUAGUAAUAAAAUAAAAACAACCAGAAUAGGAUCAGGCCUAUUUAUGGACAAAUACAACAUAAAAAAAGACGUAUGCAAUUAGUGGGUGUUUUUAUUAGUACCAAUAAUAUAUAAUUUGUUUGUUUUUUUUUAUUUAUUUAUUUAUUGUAUAUUUACGGGCAAUCGAGCUAGUCCAUUUACAAUAAAUUGUAAUAAUUAUUAUAAAUUACAUUGGUCGGUCUUGAAUAGUAUGCUUAAAUCUAUUUAUUGACGAAUCAAAUAUAUUAUCUAGAGAGUUUACCAAUCUAAGUAUAAGAGGAAUAGAACUGUUUAGAGUAAGGUAAUAUUAGGUGGAAAAUAAGUAGGACGUUCUGAUCGCAUUCUCCGUGAUCUAAAUGGAUUUAUUGUGGGUCAUGUCUAACUUAUACUUCACCAAACAAGCCACAUCUUUCGAUGAAGACUAUGGUUGACUUGGGUAAGAGCUGUUUAAAGUCGGUAGGCUCUAUUCGGGUUAAUCCGAAAAUUUGCUCCGCGGAUUCAUUUUCCACGCUGCAAAAUAUAUUGUCAGAUUUUUGUUGCAGAACUAUCUAGAUGAGAAGUCCUAUCAUCGAUUCCGUGAGAAUUCGAAAGAUCAUUCCUAAUUGAUUUCCGGAUCUGAGUAGAGGCAUUAUUAGAAGGGUUGAGUAUAAACGCCUUCAAAUUAGUUAGCCCGGGCUAUUUCUCCAGUUCUCAAGUGACCAUUUUAUGAUAAUGCCUUUGGCAGUGCUCAUUGCAAUGCCAAGGAAUAGUUCUAGUCCUAUGAGCUUGGAUUCGAUUGCUCUUUUAGCGAGCGUAGUGGUUUUUUCAUCGACCUCCACACCGCUGUAUCUCCGAACCCAGAUGAAAGUAGCUUCGAGUCAACACAGUUAGAGCUUAGGGCUUUGAUGGCUGCCUGGCUAUACUAAAAUAUCUUUAUAGUCUUAUUAGCGGGUAAAAAAUUUAAAAUCUCUUGGUCCCAACUCUGCUUGAAAAAUCGUGGUUAACUCCUUUUUCAUUUUUGGAGUCAUCCGUCUGCAUGAGAGAAGAUUUUAGUCUUUCUACUCCAUACGUUUUUCUCUGGAAUGAGGACGCUCUAUGUGCCGCCGGGGAAAUACGGUUAUUAAUCUUACUCAUUCGUUCCGUUUUAUUACAUAGCAGUUCUUCUUUGCAUUGACUACCCAUCGCCAGAAGUCUGUAGAAGAACAUCCUGGCCUCCCUCAGCAGCAAAAUGUGGAUAGCAGUUAAAUCCAGCAUGGUCUCAAUGGCUACUAAAAGAAGAUAUACGUAAAUUUACCUGGAAAAAUUUGCGAAGUUUUGAUAUUUUGUGAAUCUACGUAUUUUAAGCUGCUUUUUCCGAAUUUUUAUUUUGCCACCUCGUUUCUUUGCCACUGUCUCCGCCAUAUUGCAAUAACUUGUAAAAAAAAGAGAUUUUUCAAGAUAUCUCGUUACUUUUUGUUUUGCAGUAAAAAUGUGUAGUAAAUUAAACUACAUCAUUUUCUCUAUCAAAUUUUUUUCAUAAAACCAACCGUAUUCGUGUACGAGAAUUAGAAAGUUAAGCAAGUACGCAGCGCGCAAAGCAAUACAAAUUUUAUUCAUUUAGCCUACCGCUAGAAUCUAAAAGUUGGAUACGGAUCUCGUAAGCUGAUUGACACCUUGGCUUCAAUAGGAUUUUGUUCCUCGUACACAGAAGCAACACUUUUUUGAAAUUUCGGCUUUCAUGCGCCCUCCUUUAUGUAUUGACAAGAGUGCCUUUUCACAGUUUGUUUUCGACAAUGCGGACUUUAAUACUCAAACCCUGGAUGGCAGAAACACUUUUCAUGCCAUGGGAGGCAUCCAUUGUAUAACGGCCGCAAGUGCCAUUGCUCCUGAUCAGAAUAUUCCUCAGCUCAGUACGUCGAAAAUUCUGGUAGCAUUACACUACGAAGCCAUGAGAAGAUAAUGUUUUCUAGUCUACAGGGAAUUCCUAUUAUAGAUCUCCGUACUAUUUCUUCAGUCGAAAAUACAAUGUCGGCAACUUCGGAUCUGCUGCGGCUCUACCGGAAAUGGGCUGAUUUGCCCAAUAUACCUGGAUGGAAUGGAUUUAUGGAAGAAGUGACAGGAAACUAUUCAUAUCAGAAAUCUUUUAUAGCUUGUUUGCCUUUCAUUAAUGCACCACUGACUUACUCCGACACGAUUUUUACUGUUUUAGCAUCAGCGUCUGAGAAAAGUCAGUAAAUCAGACACUGUAUUAUAAAGCAAAACAAAUUGUCUGUUUGAGUAGAAUGAAAGCAAAAUUGAGAAAUGUCGUUAUACGAUUAGGUGGUUUUCAUUUAUUGAUGUCGUUCAUGGUAGCCAUAGGAUAUAUUAUGAAUGGUAGUGGAUUAACCAAGCUUCUAAGUACAAUUUUUGCACUUGAAAAGAUGUUAUCUGGACAGGGAUUCUUAUGUGCGAACUCAACACGUAACGAAUAAAAUAGAGAGAGAUGUUACAUAAGAAUUGCAUUCUAUGGAACGAAGAUAGUUGUCUCAACACGUGCCGUAUCGAAAGAUGAGAAUCCCAGUGCAGAGCACAUGUGUCCAUCUCGCAAAAUUGAUCAUGCAGGAAAUUGAUUUAUUACCAAACCAACACGCAGGACUAGAAGCAAUUUUAUGCGAUUUCGACAAGUCGGUAAUACUUGGAGCAGAGAAGAAUAAUGCGUCAAAGAAUUAGCUUCAAAAUUUGAAAAUCAUCUGGUAACGUGGUCCAACUGCUAAGUUAUGGGUUUCUUACUUUCGCAUGGUAUCAGUCAUGAAACAAUUUAUUGAGGCCGAAAGAAGUGGAAAUUGGGACUUUCAUCUUAAUAGUAUCUAGCAAAUGUUUCUCUAUUUUCAUAACAGUGGUAAUCUUUUGUACGCUAAAUGUGGCCAUUUAUAUUUACAGGAUAUGUAUAGUUUAAAAGAUGAAUCCUACAGAAUACAGCUCUUUUACAGAUGGAGGGCGCUUCACAAUUAAACGUUCUGCCAAAUUUUGAUGUGGCAUAUGGUCAGAUAUGGUUAUUAAGAAAUCAUUAAUGCGAACAAUGAAAAUCGUAGGUGGACUAACUCGUAGGCGGAGAGUCCAGGAGAGCGUAUUUUCUAGGUGAAAUGUCAUUCUUGCACCAUAUUUGUGACGCGGUUGAAAAUUUUUUCAAUAUAGAGUUAGCGGAUUAAUAAUAUUCACCUUUCCUGCAAUAAAAGAAUUGAUGUCAAUAAGUACUGAAGUCAUUUUUGCUGUAAAAGCAACUAGUAACAAGAUAUCUUGUAAAAACUUAUUUUUUCACAAUUUAUUACAAUAUGGCGUUGACGGCGGCAAAAUUACGAGGUGGCAAAAUAAAAAAUCAAAAAGAGCAGUUAAAAAUACAUCAAAUCGCCAAAUAUCAAAACUUUCGCAAAUUUUUCCAGCUAAAGGUAAUGUUAUACAACACGUAAUUACUGGAGUAAUAUAUGUGUAAAAUAUUUGUGAUCAUCUGGUGUCACGAGUAGAAACAAAAAUAUUUAUUUUCUAUAGGAUUUCGGGACAAUCAUAUUUUCUAUUAACAAUAUCAAAAAGUAACAUCAGGUCUCUUCGUUUUUUCUGGUUUUCAAAGAAGGUAUCAUAAUAAAUUUAUUUGUAAUUUAAGGUAUGUAUCUAAGAAAAUUGUUUUGAAUACAAUCCAUUUUUAAUUUAUACAGAACAACUAGAAAAUAUCAAGUACUAACUAAAAUAGGAAAUUUAUCCUCUUUAAUUUAAUGUAGAUGCAUAGUUUUGGAUUUUUUAAAAUACCGAAAAGAUUCGGGUUUUUACACGUUUCUUGAGAAACAAAUUUAAUUUCCUUAAAAACUUUUAUUAGUAAACAUCAGGUUCGUAUUUAUCGACCAAAAAAAUAUAUAGGUACCAAUUUAAUAACAUUCCAUCAAAACACUUUCCUCUGGUUUUCCAAUAAUGCCAAGACUGUAAGGGAUUUACAUACUUGAAGAAAAUCGUUAAUUUUCCGUGACCAAAUAUUGGACAGCCAACCGAUAAAAAAAUGUUUUGAAAAAUCGGAAGAAACGAUAGGUAUAUGUUAAGGGACUGAAUAUACUUACGGGUUAAAAAAAAGUUAAAAUUGUUGUUGACGACUGAAGUAAAAUGUUGAAUUUUUCAUGCAUUGUUUUUCUAUUUUAAUCGUAAAUACCUAAAUAUAAAUAUAUAAAUAUAUAUCGGUUAAAGUGUUCAAUACAAGUGGCUUCUGUGGUAUUUUAAGACAGUGGCGGCUCGUGCAUAUUAAAAAAAAGAAACUUUGCCUUGUUGACUUAAGUUGAAAACCUGUCCCCGAAAAAAUGGUAAAGUAUUAAAUGAAUUUAAUCAGAUCAAUGUAGCUAAAAAAGUAUCAAUUUUUUUAAAUCCUUUAGAAUAAAAAGUUAUUUUUUUUAAUAAAUUAUUAAGAGUAAAAAAUGUACUAGAUGCAUCUGGGGACUGGUUUAAAAUUUAGUAAAAAUUUAUCUAUCAUUUUAAAUAUAUAUCACCAUAGUUUUUUAAAAUGACGAGCCGCUGGUGUAGAAAUCGCAUUCAAUAAAAUCAUAUCCUUAAUCACUUAAUCAAUGUGAGCUGCAAUUUUUCUCAACAGUAUUAUCUCUAUAUCUUGUAUAAAAAAAGUAUAAGAAAAUUAUUCAAAUUUACUUAUUAAGUACAAAAAGUAUAUUGACCAAAAUAUAAUUUUUUAUAGCUUGGAUUUUAUUAAAUUUCAUGGGAUGUGCUUGUAGACACUUAUCAUAUAUUUAAAAUAAGACGUGUUGAUUAUAGAGUGGAUAUUUUUCAGAAUUAAGGAACGUUAAGGUACUUUUUGGAAUUAUAAAAACAAAAAUUCAGCGUUUUUAAAAUGUUAAUUAUUUUUUAUUUAAAAUGGGAUCCAGUUAAAAGUAUACGGUGUAAAUUAUCUUAAAUUUCGGAUAUAUAGAGUGUUCGCUAAAAAGUUGAGAAAAAACGUAAAAAUUCAAUUAACAAUUUUAAAUUUAUGCAAUUUUAUUACUAAGAUGGUAAUCCUGUACUGAAGAAUAAAAAAAUUAAAAAUAUAGAAAAAGUUUUUAAAAAGCAUAGAAGGAAAAUAUCUUCGCUGAUUCUGGCACCUACACAAUAUAAACAAUGAAAGAUGUGUUAGAGACCUAUAAUCAAAAGAAAGAGAUAUCUUAAUAUUGUAAUUUUAUAUAAUUAAUAAAUUAUUUCUGGAAUAUUUGUUUUUUAAUAAAAUAUCCACUCUGUACGUUCAAUACUGUAAUUGUUACUUUAAACAAAAGUUAAUAAUGUUCAAAAAAUGAAAUUCUAAAAUAUUUAUAAUAUGUUUCAAUAAUUAUUUUUGCUUUGGUAAUAAACAUCUUAAAAAUGCAUUUUUUAAAAUAGUUUACACAUUUUAACCUUCUUAAAUUGUUAUAAAAAUGAAAUACAGUUUGGAUGUGUAAGAAGAAUAUAAAAACUAUAUAAAGCUCUAUCUAAAUAUAAAUGAACUAUAAAGAUAUACAUCUUGUGUAAUAUAUACAACUUGUGCAAGAUAUAAACUUUGGGUAAGAUUUACAACUUGUGUAAAAUAUGCAAAUUCCUAAACAAAGGGUCUUCUAAAGUCUAAAGCAAUACAAAAAUUCAUAUUUUUAAGAUGUUUAUAUUCAAAGCUGGUUGAUUAAAAAAAAACGUUAUUGUUACUGAUCAUAGCUUUUACUGCUAUUGCGAAAUUAAAUUCUGUUAUUAUAUAAACUUUUAUCAUUGUAGUUGUAGGUUUCAAAAACAGCUUUAAGAUUGGCACAACUAGGCUGAUUACUUUAAGCUAUAUAUUGUUAGUAAGUUUUCAGAGAAUUCUUCUGUUUCAAAAUAUCGUUUUAUAUUGUGUCCGUGGGAUAAUUGCACAUACAUGAUGGACACAUAUUUUGAGAGCUGAAUUUUGUAUGCGAAAAAUGUUUUUUUGAUUUAAUUUGGUUAAUUACACGAUUUAAACACACAAUUUAAUGGCAUUAAUAGCAAAUAAAUACAUUUUUGAUGCAUAAUGUUCACGUGAGUUACCCUUAUUUACUUGCUUAUCUUCAAGAUUUUGUUUGGCAGCAGUUUUUCAAUAAAAUAAUAAUGUGAUGUGAAAAUCCUCUAAAAAAUUCUAGUCCAGUAAAUGAAGGACCGAAAAGAUCGAAAGCUGUAAAAAAUCGCUGAUGAGUUCCCGUAGCUCAAUUUGUAGGUCAUCGCAGGUGUUUUUAAAUGAAAAAAAUCCUUAACGCGUUCUUGGUACCGGAAGGGGCUGAAUAUGGACCUCUAAACUCUGAAAAACUGGUUUCCCGCUAAUAUCUGGCUAAAUAUGCAAAUUAGAGAAUUUUUGUUCAGACAAAAAAUGAAGAUCAGCUCAUUCUCUACAAUAAAUGAUCCCUACCAAAUUUUCUCGCAAUACCAAUAUUUUUUGCAAAAUCCAUAAUUUUCAUAUUGAAUAGAUAUGGUAGUUUCUUGCCGAAUUUUCGCUCGAUGGGGUUGGAAAUGCAUUGAUCUUCAUCUUUUGGACUUUAGAGACCAAUUGCAGAUGGCGCCAGCACCUUUGCUCUUCUCGCUAAAUUACGGAGUCCGUAAAUGAAAAUCUCGGAAAUAAUCGUUUAUUCGACAAUUACUGGCGGAUUUCACAUGAUUUUUUCUGCAAAGUGGCGCUUGGGCUCUCUCAAUUGUAUUAGCGAAUAUUCUGUGCAAUUUGAGUUGCAAAUUUACCAGAAAAUUGCAAAAAAUUAUUUUUACUUGUGCCAAGGUCUUGAAUCCCGUUGUUUUGGCUAAAAGCAAAUGACAACUUUUACUUUUAUCAGAAUAAUAUGAGUGCAUUAUUUCGGAAAAAAUAGUCUUUGAAAAAUUACAUUUAUUUGAAAGAAUUGGUUGGAUAUAAAACAACCACUCCAAGUCAUCAGAAUCAUAUACAUAUUCUUCAUCGUCAACGGUAUUCUCGUCGCCUACUCCCUCUUGCUCCAUUUAUACCCUCCCCCUGUCGUCUUUUCUCUCUCUCCCUCCAGCUGUAUUUCUGCCUCCUCGCUUUGCAAUCCUUCUGUCUCUUCUUCUACCUGUAUUUCUACGUCCACCUCUAAUUCUUCCGGGAAUAUACCUUCAUUUCUUUUAUAAUUUGAACAUUGUGUCAACUGACACGAACCAGAGAUGGACGAGCACUUCAGACCUGCUUUCAAACAUGAACAAUUCUUCUCGCAGCCUCUCUUACACCGACAAAAAAUCAUCUUCAAGAGUUCCGGUGCUACCAAAAAAUAGAUGACAACCGUUAGAACAAUUACACCAAGUUUUUAAAGUUGAGGCAAAAUAAAACGAACCUUAUUUUCUGCUUCCAACAAAAAAAUCCUUGAAUACUCUUUCUUGUAGACAAGAAUAACGUGGACAUUUCUCACUGUAAACACUUCUUCUUUUUUUAUAAUUGAAUUGAUAUUGAUAUUUAUUUUAUUUUAAAUAAAUAAUUCAAAAUAAAUAAUAAAAAAAUAUCAUCAGUACCUCAAUAAUCCGGUCAAGCCGACGACUCCAAAAAAAGAUUUUAUACAAACACAUGCAGACAACUAUCGCCGCGUGAGUACACGAGGUUAGGUUAUAUACAGAGAUAACCAGUUAUCUCUGGUUAUAUACAAUUUCAUGGAUCUCAGAAGGGGAGCGUAAAAAUGAAGUAUAUAAUUGUAACAACCUUUUUAGAACCAAGAACGGAUAUGGGGAUUGACUUAUAUCAAUGAAAAGGUCAGAAUACAAGCUUUACUCUGAUCUAGUUUUUAAUCCUCAAAAAAUAAAGAGCAGGGAACAAGAAAUGGUUAAACAAAAAAGGCUGGUUUUCAUUCGUGUGAUCAAUUUUCCUCAUUUCUUGAAAAUUAUUAGACUCUAUUAAAAAUAAAAAGAUAUACUCGAAAAGUAGACCAUGUAAGCUUUAAAAUGAUGUGCACUGGAAAUCAAUAUAACGGAUCAUAAGAUUAUAAUUCGCGCUUGUUCCGAAGAUUCUAUGGAACUCCGAAAUCGGUUAAAACAUGUAAAUAAAUCAAUUUUGUAUUAAAACGCAAGAAAAGUAUUACAAAAAAAUUUCUGAGAUUAUUCAAGACCCCCCAAGGUCCCAUUAUAAAAGCAAAAUUAGAAUAAAUGACUAUUUUUAAAGAAAAUAUGAAUAAAUUAAUGAAGCAGUCUCUAAAUAUUGUUGAAAAAAACUUUGACCGCUUUUUUAAAUAUUUUUGGCAAAUACUAACUGACUUCAAGUCACAUAGAAUUGUAGUUACGGGUUUUCCCAUUGCGAUGAACUUUGAAUUAUCGAAAAAUAUCAAUUUUUUCCCGAGAUAUGGAACAACUCGUCCGCCCGCUUACACGUUAAUUCAUAGAAAGCGGAAUUCCUGCUGGUAGAGCAGCAGCUGAAAUUAGGGGACUUUUGAGUGCCAUUAUUUCGAAAACUAUUGAAUUUUUGAAAAAAUUGGUAGGAUUCAUUUUUGUAGAUAAUGAGCUGAUCUUCAUUUUUUUGUCUGAACAAAUAUUCUCUAAUUGACAUAUUCAGUCAGAUAUUAGUGAUAAACCCAUUUUACAGGUUUUAGGGGCCCAUUUUCAGCCCCUUCCGGUACCAAGAAUGCGUUAAGGAUUUUCUCGUUUAAAAACACCUGCGAUGACCUACAAAUUACGCUAUGUGGGAACUCAUCAGCGAAUUUUUUACAGGUUUGACCCUUCAGGUACUGGACUAUUCCUGUAAUGUUAAAUUUAAAACUAAGGACUUUUAGUUUUUAUAUAUUUUGCAUAUAUGAUUUAAUGCUCUUAAAAUUUGUGAUAUAUCUGAAGUAUAUUAUUUUGAAGGUAAAAUCUCACAUUUUUUAUCACGUCAUGUUGAUAUGUUGUGCCUUCUCCUGUUUACGCACAACUAAAUGAUUUUGGAAAUUUUGGAAAAAUAAGCCAAAUUAUUAAUAAAAAAAACUUUUUAGCACUUUUUUAAUUUAUCAUUUUAAUAUUACUAUUUAGGGGACACCUUUGUCAUUCCUUUCUCAUCUGUCACUCUAAUCAAUAAAAUUUAAAUAGGCAAAAAAAGAAAUCAAAAAUAACGCAAUAGUCAUAUUGCUGAAUUAUCCGCAAAAUUACUUUGUUAAUGAUUAUGUGCUUUAUAAUUAAAAUUAAAAUAAGUUAUUAAAUUAAUAAGCACCAAAUUAUAAUUUUCUAUAAAAAAAUAAUUGUUUUACCAAAACUUCCAAAAUAUCUAGUAAGUAUUAUUUGCACUUUUGUGUUUGUUAUUUUUAUUUUGUACAAAAUAAUAUAAAAUAAUAAGUAUGUAAGAUAAAAUUAAUUAUUAUAAAUAUCGAUGUUUACCCUAAAAUAUUAUCCCUAUAGACUUUUGUAUAUAUAUAAAUUAAAUAAAAGGAACUUUGCUUAAAAUAUUACUUGUUAAGAAUGUGUUACCCAUUUUUUGCAAAGUUUAUUAUCAUGUCUAUUGUCUAAUGAACUUCCUUGUAUAUAUACUAAAACUUUUCACUGCUUACAAGUGCAUGGAAAAAUGGUUCUUGGUUAUGAUACUUUAAUGUAAUUUGUAAAAAAUUAGAACGAAUAUGAAGAUAAUAUAUUUUUACAAAAUUUAUCACUCUUUCAGGUUUGUUUUAGGUGUGUUUUAAAAAAAAAUAUAUUGAAUUAUUCAAGUACCUACCCUCAAAAUUUUACUCACUUUCAUUAACAAAUUUUAAUGUAUUAUUAAUAUUAUUGUUAAAUAUAGGUGAAUAAUGAAUAGUCUAUUUCUAUAUCAAAUUAGACACAUUUUUGUUCAAACAUAUUUGUUGUUUUGGAAAAUUAUAAAUAAUUAAAUAUGUUAUUUUAUUUAGAACACUAUAAUAGUCAUAAUGUAACCAGGACCAUUUUUUUUAGAAUGAAUGUGACGAAUGCAAAUAAUUAGUGAUUUGGAUGGUUGUGAAAAUGGUCACAUAUCAAAAAUUGGCCACAAGUUUGAAACAUUUUUGCGGCUUGUUAUCUAUUAUAUGUAUCAUACACUGUACCAAAUAAAACUGAUAAUAAAUGAC